UCUCCCUUUCACACUUCUAGUGGUUCUUGCUUUCAACCUGCUGCCGGGCAGCCAUGGCAGCCUUUUUGCGGGACGCGCAUGGUGACAGCGCAGCGAAGCUGUGCAUGCUUGUGAUUGGCAUCGGCUACCUUUUUCCCAUUGCAGCAAUCUGGGCGGCCUUUGACUACUGGAAGGUCCUUUUCCCUGACGCCAAUGUGGAGUUUGCAGUAACUGCACUGUAUCAGGUUGGCUCCAUCAUCACUGUUGCCGCUUUGUCAUUCACAGACUCCUUUGUGCUUGGGCGCCGCAUCCUGGGUGGCUUCUCGGGGCAAUUUCUAUGCCUUGCUGGCAUCCUUGCUUUCAGGUGGCUUCCUGUCGCACCAGCGAUGCUUUAUCAUCUACUGCUUGGAGUUGUUUUGCUGUGCUCGGUGGCGACUGGCUACUUAGACUCGGCGCUUCUUUCACUGUGCUCACAGUACAGCUCAAACAUGCAGCAGUACUUGCAGAUAGGUAUUGGCUUUGGUACCCUGGUUUCGGUCAUUUACCGCGACGCGACCAAGCUGCUUAUGUCCCAUGACAUUGCGGACGCUACAUGUGCCUAUUUCAGCAUUGCUUUGGUCACAGUCAUUGUGUGCAUUUUGGCAUACAGGCUCCUCAUGACACUUCCAGUCUCACGGCACGUGACGGACAGAACGGACCUUGACGAGAAGCUGUUGGACAAAGCCUCCCGCUUGGAGUCACCACUGCCAUAUGCUUGUGGCUUCAGCCCUUGUGGGGCGAAAGACUCUGAGGAGUCUGCACUUGGGCCCAGUGACUUCAAUUGCGAGGCUGGCACGAGCUUCAGAGCCGUGCUCAAAAUGGUGUGGUUUAACCAAUUAGUGAUUUUGCCAAUUUCGUGCUCACGUCUUUUUGCUACCCCGGACUCAUCACCGCAAUUCCUUGUAGGCAGAUGGAGUGGUUGCGAAGGGGUCACUGGUUUCAGACAAUCCUCCUUACAGUGUUUACAUUGUUUGACAUUUCAGCCCGAUUCAUCACGCAUAUUCGGUUUGGCCUCUACUAUGGAAACAUCCAGGCCGAGGGUGCCUGCUGUGAUGCAAAGGUAAUCACGAAAGGUAGCUUGAGCUACCUGAGUUCUCCUUGCUUUAGCAAAAAUGUAUUACAAUCAGGAGUUGGGAUUGUGCAUUGAAUUUGGUCCUGUAAGAGUUGAUUCUGUUCGUCGGGGGGGGGGCCCCCCCCCCCCUGGAUCAAAUCCCCCCUGCGCCGGUUCACGCCAUCGUGGACUUCUACCAGGGUUACUUGUGAUUGCCUGCUACCUUUCGUUCACCCCCUCCUCUCUCAAGUAUUCUGAUCCUGAUAUGAUUUGACACUUGACAUCCAUGCGCCUUGCACACGAACUCGAACUGUUCAAAUCGUCGCAUGGAACGCACUGUGAUCGGAAUCCCCGGCUUGCAGUGGACUGCCGUCAUACGAGCUAUUCUACUUCCUUUGAUGAUCUAUUGUGCCGCCGUUGCCAUGGCCUAAGCUUGCGGUCCGGGAAGGUCCCACAGUCCCAAACCCUACGGCGUUUGAUUCGGUUUUGCCCUGGGACAUAUCAAACCAGGUUUCUAUAUCAAGGAUUGAACAGUUGGCAGAUGCAGGCAGUUGUGCGCCAAGGAGACAGGUAGCGACCUCCUCUCUAUGGCCGUCGUUGCGGCGUUUGGUUUCCUGAACGGAUACUGCGCGUCCUUGAGCCUGAUCGUCAUCAAUGAAAUCCCCAGCCUAAGCACCGAGCAGCUGAAGACGUGUGGACGAAUUUCCGCCUGCUCUGUGAACAUUGGCCUUUGCGUAGGCUCACUUGGGGCCUCUGCCUUGGCCAGUGCCCUCUUGAAAGCAAACUAGUCGCCUUGCCAGCACUGUAAAGUUGCAGCUUUAAACGCGCGACAUGCAAGUGCUUCAGUAGAAUGUUCAAGACAUUUUAAGACUCUUUGCUGCCGCAAUGCAGCUGAAGAUGAUCUAAUUCUGCGACCACGACGGUUGAUGAAGUGAA